GUGGCAGUCGUGGGAACAUGGCCGAGGAGGGAGUGUUAGAUAAAUUUUGCGGCUCCCAAUUUUGGGAUGCCAACCUCACAUGGUACACAGACACACCCCAGUUUACGCCGUGCUUUGAGCGAACAGUGCUGGUGUGGAUACCCUGUGGUUUUCUGUGGUUGUUUGCUCCCUUGGAGACCCACUAUGUUCUUCAAAGUGCCGAUCGACUCGUACCUUGGUCCUGGCUCAAUAUUUCGAAGUUGGUGGUAUCAGCUACCUUAAUGACCCUGCAGUGCUUGGAUUUCUUUUAUGCUGUCCAUAAGUCUGUUGUUGGAGAUGAUGUAUAUGGUGUAGAUUUUCUUGCUCCUGCCAUUAUAUUCUUCUCAGUGUUUCUGCAGUUGAUAUUUAUAGUAAUGGAAAAGAAACGAGGAAUUCAAAGCUCGGGGUAUCUCUUCCUCUUCUGGCUGCUGCUGCUUAUCUUUGGCAUCCCAGAGUACUACACUUAUUUCAUGAAUGUAUCUGAUGAGGCAGUAGACACAGAUAAUUUUGCAUUUGCAACAUACAUGGUGUACUUCCCACUGGUCAUAAUUAUGUUGCUCUUGAACUCUUUUGCUGAUGCUACACCAAAAUAUAUUAACUUCCCAAGGGGAGAGAAACCAUGCCCAGAGACAGAAGCUUCAUUUUUAAGCAGAAUCACUUUUUCUUGGUUGAUAAGAUGAUAUGGAGAGGCUACAGAAACCUGUAGAGCAGUCACAGCUAUGGACCUGUCUUAU